AGACUCACCUCAGUUAAACUACAUACGGGAACGGGUUACGCAUCCACCGAGUCAUGAGAGAGUCAGGAACCACUCAUCCAGGACUUCUCCACCCCCCGCCCCCCUCUCCAUUGACGCUGAAUCCAAAUCCAAAACGUCCUCCAACCACGGCAGUGCCUUCCAUUUAACCCAUCCCUAUUGAUACCACAACCGACACACCUGAUCAACAACAUGCGGGUUCUUCUCCUCUCACAACCCCACGUAUCCCCAUAAUGCAGAUAUCCAACUGGACAACUCAAUCAGCGUCAGCGUUGUUUCAAGUCGCUGCGCCUGAAGCAAAAGGGCACAGCCAUGGAGAUAACCCGAUCCCCCCUUUGCUUAGGCCCAGUAGGGACCUUUCCGGUAUCAGAAAGAUGGCCAUCCCGAGGUUGGCUGAAGGAAAAGAAGCAGUCCAUUCCGCUCGGUCUCACCGUCGCCACGUAAGUCGAGCGUGCGAAUCUUGUAGGCAGAGAAAGACAAAAUGCACGGGAGACAAGUCAGGCUGCCGCAACUGUCGGGAUGCCGGGAUGAUCUGCUGCUACACUGACGGAAAAAGAGAGAAGUCUAAAAGACAAAUGGCCGGCUUGGAAACUAAGAUCAAUGCCUAUCAAGAAAUUUUGCAAAGAUUAAGCAUUCGUUAUCGCAUGUCUGAAGAGCAGCUGAUCAGACUCGCUUUGGCAGGGGAAGACCCGUCCGAAGACGCCUCCUCCCAUGACGAUUCUGCGACUCCGAACACCGAGGCCCGGAGGCAAUCGUCGGUAUCUGAAGCCAUUACACCUUUGUUUUCGGGAUUUGAGAACAACCUAGACCUCAUAGAGGAGGAUUUAAAUCGGGACGAGGCUUCGCAAGCGACUGGUUUCGUCGGCCAGAGCUCAGAGAUCUCUUGGCUACAGACUCUGGCCAGAGAACUGGAACUUGGCUAUGAUCAUGGAUACUUCAGUGGGAAGGAGCCAUCCCCAGCAAAAGCAGCAGCCCACCACAAUCGCUUCAUCUCAUUUCCGAACUACCAUUUAGACGCCAUGGAGAUCCCUAUAUAUGACAACGUGGAUCCAUAUUCUUGCCCCGCCAAGGAUGUUGCAACGAAGCUUUACAAGACAUACCUUGAUUGGGUUCACCCCUCGUUUCCGAUCAUCGGCACUGCCCCUUUUGGGGCACAAUUCCUGGCUUUCGUCACAAACUCAUCCUUACGCCCUGGGUCCCUACGCCCUGGGAAUCGCUGGCUAGCAAUACUCAACCUGAUCUUCGCCCUUGCUACUAAGUACGCGCAUUUAUCCGAGGCUGAGUGGCAAAUGGAUAAGGACGCACAUUUUGUGUACUUUCUCAAGGCCAAAGCUUUGGGUCUAGAUCAUCAGCUACUCACUUUCCCUGACCUACAGCAGCUGCAGAUUGAAGGACUAACUGCUUUGUAUAUGCUGACGCUGGGCCAUGUGAACCGCGCUUGGGCAACUUGUGGAAGCGCGAUCCGCGGGGCUCUAGGCCUUGGGUUGCAUCUACGCCAUCUUGGAGACAGCAUAUCCGACACUUCAAGAGAAAUCAGAUGCCGUGUAUGGUGGUCUCUAUAUACGCUUGAUCUUCGGCUCAGUGUGAUGACUGGGAGGCCUUCUUUCAUCCCCGACAGCCUGUGUACGACACCUCUGCCCCUUCCAUUCGAUGAGCAAGACUUUGGGAGGGAAGAGGUGAUGCGGCAGCUUAGGCGCUCGAUUGACGGUAGCCCCUGUCCGACGGAAAUGCUGUCAACGGGCCAGUCGGAUUUGAAUGCAAUGAGCACGGUGGCCGAGAAGGUGGAUUCAGAAGAAGACAGAUACUCACCCUGCGGGUCCUUGUACUUUGUUCAUUUGGUGCAACUAACCAUGAUUGCAAAAGAAUCCCUAGCCAAGAUCUACACCCCGAGCACAAUUCGAUCUCCUUGGCAAAGCAUUGAGUUCGCCAUACACAGCCUCACACAUAAACUUGACACAUGGCUGAACAAUCUCCCCAACGAAUACGAUUUCACCCGCACCCAGUCAUCGCAUGUAUCGUCGGAAACGUCAAAUCAGAGGCUUAGUCUGGCUCUAUUGUUUUACAGCACCAGAAUGGGCAUCACACGACCAUGCCUUCGUCGUGUAGAUUCCUUUAGCGAAGGGGACAAGAUGCAAGAGUUCGGUCAGGAAAUUGCUGCAGAGUGCGUUGAAUCAGCCUGUCACAUGUUAAGACUGUUCCCAGAGGACUUGAAAGCUGCAACGCUAUAUACAGCGUCACCUUGGUGGUGUUUAUUGCAUUACUUGAUGCAAGCAACGGCGGUACUCGCUCUUGAGCUCGCCUUUCAAGCUCAACAUGUACCGGAUAAAACGCCGAUGGUUUCGAAAGCUCUUGAUAAAGCGUAUGAGUGGCUGUCUUUGAUGUCAAGGACACAAAAGACUCCGGAAAGAGCCCGCAGACUCUGUGAUCGGCUUUUGCGCCAACUCAAACAACGGGAGGACAUCAAAGUCUCUGAGUCUCCUUCCGUCCACGAUUACGACGAGUUCUUUCCUUACGACACAACUAUUGGUCAGCUCACGGGCUCCUUCUUCCCUACGGAGUAUGGAAUGGAUGUGGAACCGAGUAAUCUCUACCACUUUUGACAAUCCACUCGAGUAUUCGACAUCAGUGUAAGGGUCAAACUCAGAGUGGGGGACUUCGGAUAGGCAUGCUCGGAGACUGUCCCAUCAGCACAACCCUUAUCCUUAUUCAUUCAUCAGCAUCAUAAAGGUGGAAACUGUGUGUGUGUCUGUGCGCAAGCCGAUCAUGCCUAACGGAAAUGAUACAAAUUAGUUUUCACUAAUUUUCCAGACUGGGCUAGGUAAUUCUAUCAAAGGCUGUCACUAUGCAGGGAAAGGUCCACGGUGACUGACUGCAUCUCCGAGUUGGGUUGAAAGUUCUUCUACUUGCCGAGAAUAAGCACCAUCAAAGAGAGUCUGCAAGGCUAUACAUGUAAGAAGUAGAUAGGUCUUAUCGUAGCUGGACAUCUGAUCUUUU